AUGCUGGUUGUGCAAGCAAUCAAGUUCAACUACCCUCUCCCACUCGACCUCCCAGCUCCUCCCCCUACCGACGGCUUCACUGCCGUCAUUCUCGCUUACGACCGCAUCGAAAUGCUCUUCAAAGUGAUUCAGAGUGUCUCUAAAGCUCCCAGUUUAGCUAAGGUCCUAGUAGUAUGGAACAAUGUGAAGAAGAUACCCCCGCCAUCAGAGGAAUGGCCUCGGAUCAGGCAGAAGAUCCAAGUCAUUCGCAGCAAGGAAAACAAACUCAGCAAUCGAUUCUACCCUUAUCCUGAGAUCCAGACGGCCUGUAUACUGGCAGUAGACGAUGACAUCGCCAUGAUCACCGCAGACGAGCUUGAAUUUGGCUACAAGGCGUGGCAGGAGUUCCCAAACCGGUUAGUCGGGUUUCCAGGACGGGUUCACGUGAAGGACUACAAGACGCAGAGAUGGAGGUACGAGUCCGAGUGGCUGAAUAACAUCAGCCUCGUUCUGACAGGCGCUGCCUUUUAUCAUAAGUUCUACCACUACCAAUACACGCACAUGAUGCCCCGAGCAAUUCGCCAGUGGGUCGAUGUCCACAUGAAUUGUGAGGACAUCGCAAUGAACUAUCUCAUUGCUAACUACAGCGGACUUCCCCCAAUGAAGGUCAGAGGUCAAACCAACUCGGAUCUCUUCCGUUAAGCAAAUAGC